AUGUCCGACAAGCAAGAUACCGAGAACGCUGAGGUCUACCAGACCGAGAGCCGAGUCGAACAGCCGACCGUGCCCGCAGCUGCGCCCAAGAAGAAGGGAUUUUUGGCCCAUCUGAAGCGCUUUUGGUGGGCAUAUCUGCUCGUUCUGAUAUGCGGAGUUGUCCUGGCGGUCUGCCUCACCAUCUUCGUUGGAGUUCCCAAGAUCGCCCAGCAAAAGGUCAACGAUGCCAAGCUAGAAAUCCAGGGCGUCAAUGUCAUCAACACCAAGCCUAACAGCAUCACCCUGCAAAUCAACUCCACCAUUACCACCGAUGGCUCCAUCAAGGCCAACAUCGAUGCUUUUGACGGUGUCAUGUACCUUGAGGAUCUCCCUGGCCAGACACCUUUCCUCAACAUCUCCUUCCCCGCAACCAACGGCGACAAGCACCAGUUGGUCAACAUCAGCCAGGACAUUACGAUUGAAGACCAUGACGCCUUCAACACCUUCAACAUUUGGUUCGCCGCUAAUCAGACUCUCAACGUCACCGUGUAUGGAAAGACCAAGGUCAAGCCGUCUGGUCUGUCCAAGAAAUUUGGUGUUACCUUCAAGAAGACCAUCAACAUGAACGGUCUGAAUCUGUUCAACGGCACCACGGUAUCCGACGGAAAGAUUGAUAUCAGCGCAAAGAAGGGUCAGCCGAAUUUCAAGGCCACCGCCGAUAUCCCUAAUGCCUCUUAUUUCACUCUUGAAAUUGGCAACGCCACCUUUACCAACUUUAUUGACAACACCAACAUUGGUAAUCUUACCAUCCCCAACCUUCUGCUUGUCCCUGGCAGCAACAAGGUCCCUAUUACCGCCGAUCUCGAUCAGGUUGCUGUACUUGAGGAAGUUCAAACCCCCAAGUACUGCAAGACUGGAAUCAUCCCUGUCAAGCUCAAGGGCGCCGCCGUUGUCAACGAUGGCCAGACACUCCAGUACUUCCUUGAUGGCUUGUCUGCCAACAACGAGACCGUCCCCAUGGACAUUGGCAGCAUUAUCAAGAGCUCGCUCGGCACUACUGUCAGCUGUCCCAAGUCUUAA